CAGAUCGUCAAUUUACCCUCACGGAUCUUCAAUUUAACGGAGGUAGGGCUUUCCUCUUCGUUGCCGUUCGCGUGAGGUAGGGCUUUCUUCCUCGGCUUCGCUGGUUCGCGUGGGGCUUUCCGCAUAAGAGGUUCUUCUCUCCUGCGACGUUGUUCCUGUAGGAUCUAAAGUCGCGCCGCCGGCUUUCCGCAUAAGAGGUUCUUGAAAGCAAGUUUGGCUUCAAUCUCUUCACUGAAGUAGAGAAGAGGCUCGAUGGCUGAUGAGAAUAGGGAAUGAAGAAGAAAAGUUACAGAAGAAGGUGAAAAAAGAAAAAAAAAAUGAAUCUUUUUCUUAAGUAUCCUAUAAUGACGGCACUGUGUCGCUUUCAGCCGGCAUUUGAAUCUUUUGGAAGGAUGAUCCAUUUGUGUGGGUUGCCGGUAAACUAUUGGUUGAUAUAAAUGCAAGGCUACCCUUGCGGCAUACAGAUCCCUCCCCCAAGACAUAAAAGGAAACUAUCCCAUUCAUCUGACGAGGAGAAGGUGAACAACUGUUCAAUAAGUUUGGCUUGGCCGAGCAUUGAUAAAGUCGUAAUGGAUGCUAAGGGUAAGAAACCAAUGGAACACGCAACUGUUGAAAGCAUGAAUCAGGCAUUUGGAAAAUGCAACUCAUGUGCUUCUGUUUAUUGUGGAAACAACAAUGCUUACUCUUUUUCAGAGCAUUUACCAAUGACCGAUGACUCAGUAAAGAUGAUUGGAAAAUAUUUGCAUUUUUUUGAAAUGAAUGGGAACUUCACAAAUGCUCAGAUGUAUGAAAUACUAAAGAAGAUGGAUGAACCAUUCACAUCACCAAAGCACACUUUACAAGGUGAGGAAAGGUACCAAAACAUAGUUUCACCUCAAAUUAAUGGUGCAAAAUGUUCUGGUGAAGGAAUAUCUGCAUCAUUUAUUGAACACCAAGAUGAAGAUGUAGAUCUUAACCUGUUCCUUAAUCUUAUAAGAUCAAUAACAUGCAUGUCAAAAGAUCGAACAAUUUCUUCCACCCAUCAGGCAGUUCCAUCAACUUCAUUUUAUGAUGAAUUUCAUAAUGAUGAAAAUGCUUCUACUGCAUUGAGCUGAAAACUACCAACUCAUU